AUGUUUUGUAAUAUUAAAAUAAUAAAUAUUAUUUUACUCGAAAUUAUUAUUUUAAUUCAAUUAAUUAAUAAUUCAAAAUCAACACCUUUAAUAAAAGCUCCCGCAAAAAUUUCCUCUCCCCAUUUCCCAAUUAAUUUAAAAAAUAAUUUGGCAAGCGAUCAAAAAUUUUUAAAUAACAAAAUUGUAUUUAAUAAUCAAAAAAAUAAAAAGAAAAAUUUACAAAAGAUAAACUCUUCAAAUUAUAAAAAUUUUGGAAAUAAUUUUAAUAAUAAUGUGCCAAAAAAGAAAAUAAAUGAUGAAAAUUAUAAAAACUGUAAAAUAACAGAAUCUGAUGAAGAAUAUAAAAAAUAUGGAAUUAAUGGGGCAGUAGAUGGGGGAAAACGAGAGUUUGUCUCGAAAGAGGAAUUAAUUCAAAAUAGAAAUGAUUUAGAAAACAAAAUAGAUUUAAUGGUUGAAGAACAUUUAGUGGGGAAAAAUAAACGUAAACGUGUUCCAAAUAUGCUUAUUUUGCCAUUUGAUGAAUUAUGGAAGAAUAAAAAAAUUUUUGAAAAUAAAGAAAUGAGGGAAAUGAUUAAGAGAGAAUGGAAUUUAAAAAUGGUAGCAUAUAUGAUUAAAAAUGAUAAUUUUAAUAUUGAUGAAAGACUUGAUGAAGAGGAGAUAAUACCCGAUCUAAAUGAAGCAGUGAAGUUAAAAAUAGUUCUUGAUGAAUGUGACCGUAUAAACGAAUUUCUUAUGGCUCUAUGUAUUGUAGAAGAGCAAAUGAAAUAUUAUAAAGAAUGGGAAAAUCAACGUUCUUUUCACGAUAUUCAACAAGUUUUAAAUUCACUUUUUGGAGCUGAAAAUGUAAAAAUCUUAAAAGAUAUUGAUAAAAUUGCUGAGAAUGAAUUGGAUAAUUUACAUUCUGCUGAUGAUGUACUUUUAUCGUAUCUUUCGAGUAGUCAGAGUGAAGUAGAUGAAAUUAUAGAGCGAAUUUAUGAGGCUGAGAAUGUUGUUUACAAAGCAAAAGAAAUGGUGAAGAAAUUAAAUAAAGUUUAUCAACGUCUGGAAGAGGAGAAGGAAGAGAUUCCUAAAAUUGGAAAGAAGAAGGAUGAGAAUGAAAAGAUGAACAAGGAUGAAGCGGAAGAAAUGGGGAAGGAAGAAUUGAAGGAGGUGAAGAAGAUUGAUGAUGUGGAUAAUGUGAAGAAGGAAGAGCCAAAUCAAGAAAGGAAGGCUUAGAUGAAGAAAAAGAAUAAUUAGAAGUGAAAAUGCUGAAGAAAGUAAAACUAGAAAGGAAAGAAUAAA